CUCGCGAUAUCUCCACACAGCAGGCAGCUCGGGCGCAGGAUGUGUUGAAUGAAGGCGGGUUUCUGACGAACAAACUCUAAUAAACGAAGAGUUCGAUACUUUCUCCAUCAAUCUGGACAUUUGAGAGCACAAUAGUCUUAACAGGUUGUGUUUUAUCAGCAGCAUUUGAGGAAUGCCAGUGCUGUUGUCAAAAUAACGUUAUUUUGAGUAAUUGUGGGCAAUUGCAUAUAGGCAGCAUCAAAGGUUACUUCAAUCAAUCAAACCUGGGACUUGGUCCUUGAUCAGAGGAGCUCACCUACUCAGGAUCUAAGUUGAGUCAGCGAUGGCAGGACGUUCAGGUAGCCCCCAGGUAGUUGUAAAGACAGAGGAACAGUCCAAUAGAGUCAUCUUCACCUACUUCCAGGGUGACAUCGGUAGCAUGGUGGACCAACACUUCAACCGUGCCCUCAGCAAGGCCAGUAAGACCAAGGCCCCCAGCGGGAAGGGCAAAAAGAGCCACAAGGCUGUCAAAUCUGAGUCUGACUCAACAUCUUGCCAGUGGGUUGUUCCAACCCAAUCUUGGUCUGAAGACCAUUUUCCCCCUGUGUCUGGUCACCUUCAUCUGAGCAGCACCAAUGAGUCUCUCUCCAGCCACCGCCUGGCUCUCAGCUCCCCAGAUGAGAGCACCAACCCAUUGGACUUCGCUCCUAGGCAACAUGGUGGUCUGGGCCUGCCUGCCAUGGCCUAUCCCCACUCCAUGACCCAUGAGGGCCUGGGGGUCACUGGACAACCUUACACCAACUCCCUGCUCAAUCUCCUCCACAGUGACCGGUCAGAGGUGGCUGCAGGCGUGGCCUCGGGCUCCAAACCAGAGCUCCUCCCUAGCUGGACGGGUCAACCUGGCUUCAGAGACCCCAUGAACCCUGACUCAGGUCUCUUUUGAGUUAUUCAACACCUAUUCUACCCUCUUUUGGGAAUAGGUCUGCAGAAAAAGGAACUCUAUUGGUAUUAAAUGAAGCUUGACCGCGCAGGGAAGAGAGGAGUCUGCAACAUGUGCAUGCUGUGUUCACUCCUCUGGUUAUCAGACAGGCCUCCUCCACAGCCACUAAAAGAAGGAAGUGCCGGUAACUCUCCCCUCUGUUCCUCUUCGAAGGAUGACUUCAGUUCCUCGCAAUGCAACAGCUGGAACUGCCUCUCAGAAACAAAUUACUUACUGACUAACCAGUUUGCAAACCGGAUCAUAAUUCACAUCAAAGACCAAGGUGACAACCACUGCCAGUCGCCAGUAUGCUGCCUACAACUCAAUAACUUUAAGCAUUUAUACAGAAGGACAGAGAGGGAGAAGGGGUGUGUUUGGCAUGUGUAAGAAAAACAGUGUUAUGUCAAAAGUAGCCUGUAUUGACUGUGGAGAAACUUUACAAUGUUUUUUAAGAGUAUUUUAUUGAAAUGUUGGUGUUUAGGAAUAUCUGUUGUUUCCUCUGAUGUGUGGACUUCUAAAGGAGGGGGUUUUGAGGUGAUUUUCAGUUGUGAUAUGGAAACAGAAACUGUUUUCAUUUUUUUGCACAUAGCAAAUGAAUGAAAUGCAGUUGAUAUCCUAAUAAAUGAUUGCCAAAGUAACCAUGAAAAUGAAAGAUGUUUAUGAAGAGGUGUUUGUUAUUCAGAGAUUUCUGCUGAGAAUACCAAGUAGACAAUCUGCAUUGCAUUGUAGGAAUUGACACAAACCUCUUUUACUGUAAUAAUUGAAUUGUGAUUCGUGCUUAAUUAAACAUAAAAAAAAAUCUGUUCCAUCUUAAAAGUAGACUCAGGGAAAUGACAUCGCCACGAGCAGCAUCACAGAUAUUGAGAUGAGCAAGAUGCAAGACUUUGCUCCCACACAGUCACACACGGUAUCUGUGCAUGGGUUCACUUCACGCUGUUAGAGCGUGGUAGCCACAGGACCAAAACGGGAGAAGUUGAGCCUUGCUGUUAACUUUCUGCAUCUACGUCAUAUCGCUGAGUCUACCUUUAAUGAAGUGGAAAUACAUGAUGAACUGGAUCAGAUGAGAUAUCUCUCGCCUGGCAAGUGCACAUAGUGUUAGUUACUUUCACAGGAACAGACCUCAAGCCAUUUAGAACAAGUGUGACAAUACUGCCAUCCUGUGGCUGAAAAUAAGAGGGAAAAGUUGCCAAAUGUAUUUUUUUUUAAUUUCUAAUUGAAAAUGUUAAGAAAUAAAUACUAGACUACUAAA